CUUUGUGCACUUUUCCAGUCACCUGGGGUGCUGUGUCAUUCCAGUAUAAUCAUUUUUAGCUGGAUUUCAGAAUGGAAGACUGGAAGCUGCCAUCCUAUACAAGAGAAAACUGGGGACUGCAGUCAGGGUCAGCGGGGUUAGGGUUCAAUUGACCUCACAAGCAAUCGAUGCACCAGUUCACAGCAGGGUCACACUUUGACAAAAAGAAACUGAGACGCUGAGAGUUGGCAGAGCCACGCGGGCAGCGGGAUGGACGAGAAUGCUGAAUCAUUUAAACUGGAUGAAAGCCUGGAUGAGGCUAAAUGGGAGGAGAUGACUGAAGAGAACAGCUGGGAUGGGAUUGGAUGCCAGCCUGGAUCGAGCUCCGAUCAUGGACGAUCAGAGAUGAAGGACGAAGAUGUGGUGCAUUUGCCGAGGUUAUCACGGGUUGCUGUAUGUGGCGGUACCCAUGGCGAUGAGCUGUCUGGAGUGUACUUGGCGAGAGAGAUGGAGAAAAAACUGAAGGCGGAGGAAGAAGGGGAGCCAGUGAUGCCACUUGUGGUGAUGUCGAACCCACUGGCUGUGCAGCAGGGCCGCAGGUAUAUCGACAUCGGCCUGAACCGCUGCUUCACCUCGUCCUCCCUUGCCGGACCUGUGUCAGAUUUGGCCCCUUAUGAGUUGAUCAGGUCCCGAGAGCUGAACUCUAUACUGGGCCCUAAAGGUAGCAGUGAAGCCAUGGAUCUUGUGUGCGACCUCCACAACACUACGGCCAACAUGGGCCUGUGCCUCAUUGCAUACUCCGAUAGUGACUGGAUCUGCUUGCACAUAUGCAGGCACUUACAGAGGUUGAUGCCAGAUACGCCAGUGAGGUACAUCCAGUUGGACAUUUCCAAGAAAGAAACGUAUUCCCUCGAUUCAGUGGGGAAACACGGCUUUGCUCUGGAGAUUGGGCCUCAGCCUCACGGUGUAGUGCGAUCAGACAUCUACGCAACACUAAAAGCCGGCGUCCAGCAUGUGCUGGACUGGGUCCACUUAUUCAACUCAGGUGCUAUUUUUGAGGGAGGAUUUGUGGAGGUAUUCACUGUGGUUAAGAACAUCGACUAUCCAAGAGAUGCAGAGACUUGUCACAUCACAGCAGCCAUUCACCCUCACAUCCAGGACCACGAUUUCUGCCUCCUUUGCCCCGAUGACCCACUAUUCCAGGCUUUCUCAGGUGAGACUCUGAGAUACAGAGGAAAUGAAGCUCUUUAUCCCAUCUUUGUAAACGAAGGAGCUUACUAUGAGAAGGGUACUGCACUCUCACUGGCAGAAAAGAGGCGAGUGCGGAUUCCUGCAAUCCAGGUACAAAUAGAGGCCGAGUGUAAAGAGGGGUGAGACUGGAUUUAUGGGUCAAAAGUAGAUAUGACCCACCCAAAUAAAAACCUUUUAUUGAAAUGGGAGCAGUAUGAAAAAUACAUAUGCAUGUCCAUUUUUUUCAAAUGUACAACACAAUUCACAGGUACAAUUUUUGAGAUGACGUAUAUGUUGUUGCAAAUUCAGGGAUGGCAUUACUUGUAACGUGAAAUACAAUCUGAUUAAAAUGUAAACAAAAUCUUCUGAUUGAAUGUAUGGAAAUAUUUACUUCCACAUUUUACAGAUGUAAUUAGCAAAACAUAAAAGUUCCCAAAUUGCAGCAUUGGGAUAUGUUCAAAAUGUAGUGAGGUGCAAAGUAAUACCGUAGCUCUUCAGGAUAUGGUCUAUAAAAUACAUUCAUAAUGCUAAAUACUCCCUUAAAUCCUGAGCUUCUGUGAACAAACACAAAUAACUUAGCCUAAAAACAGAAUUAAAUAUUGAGAAUAAAUAACAAACAACAAGGAUCACAACUGAAACACAGUUUACAUGACUAUCAGGUCCACAAAACGCUAUCCUCUGGAAUAGCUCUGCAAAAAACCCAAGAUGUGUGACAAUGGAAAAGAAAAAAUAAUGCGACAACAAUGGACACAACCACAGUCUGAGAAAACAAUGGA